UGUGACGAGAAAAAAAAAAAAAGAGAAGAAAGAGAAGCACUUCGCCCAGGGAAACUCUCUUCUUCUUCUUCGCGAAAACGAAAGAAAAGGAGAGGCAAGAACAAGAACAUCUCAUCCCCAAUUCCCCUCUCCCUAAACCCUAAUCCCGUCCGAUUCGCCCCCACCGGCCUCCAAGAUCGAAGCUCUUUCGGCAUCUCCGGCUGGUCGGAGAGGAGCUGCGCGUGGAGGGGGGGACUCUCGAUUCCGGUGAGAAAACGGCGCGACCCUUCUCCCGAUUUCGCGAUUUCGGUACCGUACGGUUGCUCGUCGGCGUCGGAUCCGGACGCGUGUGGGCGGCGAAAGGUUGGCCCUCGCGGUUGAUUUGGUGGUGGCGCGGUGUCUGAGAUGGUUGCGUGAGCCAUUCGGAGAGGACAAGGUCGAGGAGGAGCAGCAGCUUCUGUUCGUGGCAUUUCUGUUGCAAAGAUUAGUGCUCCAUUUCUCUGCAACCUCGCGCGGGGGGGAGGGGGGGAGGGCGUUUGAUCCAUUUCUCCAUUUCGGGUGGUUUCCAAUGGCUCGAAUCCAUGCCGACCCGGUGCUGGAGGCCGACCAAUUCGACCGGCUGCCGGACUCGCUUGUGCUGGUGAUCCUCAACAAUGUCGAGGAUGUGCGCUCGCUCGGCCGGUGCUCCGCCGUGUCGAAGCGGUUCUACGGGCUCGUGCCCCUCGUCCAUGAUGUCUAUGUCAAGAUCGACCGCGUCGUGACGGUCGACGGCGAAGCUGAGGACGCGCUUAACCUGUCCUCGCCGAAGCCGAGGAACAUCCUCUCGCAUUUCCUCAAGAUGAUGCUGUUCACGAUCAUCAAGCCGUUCCACAGCAUGCGCGGCCCGAACGGUGCUGGGCGGCCGCUGUUCCCGCAGCUCGCGCAGCACUCGCCGGCGCAGGUGCUCCGGAACUUCACGCACAUCCGGAAUCUGCGGGUGGAGCUGCCCUCGGGGGAUGUGGGGACUGAGGAGGGAGUUCUCCUGAAAUGGCGAGCGGAGUAUGGGAGUACGCUUCAGAAUUGUGUGAUUCUUGGGGGUACUCAGGUCGACCGCAAGCCUGUUGGUGCAGAGCAUGAGCUGUAUUCGGAGGACAAUGGAAGCAUGCCGGAAUCCUUCUAUACCAAUGGAGGGUUGAAACUCCGCGUCGUGUGGACAAUCAGCUCUCUGAUUGCGGCAUCAACGAGACAUUAUCUUCUUCGGUCAAUUAUCAAGGAUCAUCCCACUCUUACAAGCUUGGUACUGACCGAUGCUGAUGGCCAGGGCACAUUGUCCAUGGGAGCGGAGCAGCUUAAGGAAUUUAGGGAGAACCAGUUGUCGGCCUCAGCAUGUUCUAACAGGACUCAGGUUCCAGCAUGCAACAUGAAGCUCAAAUACGCUCCAUAUCUUGAGCUUCCUGGCGGCAUUGCGUUGCAAGGUGCAACGUUGGUCGCUAUCAAGCCCUCACCCGAGGGAAGCAAUGGCGGUCAUACUAGCCGCAAGGAAACGGAUGCAUUUGUCUCCGGAGCAUUUGAUGGACCAUUCAAGUUUGCUGUGAAGGCGCUGAUGAAGAGGCGAACUUACCUUCUGGAGAUGAAUGGCUUCUAGAUAUCUUGUGCUGUUACUGGGUACCUAGCUUGUUGGUCCAGGCAGUCAUCUAGUUACUUUUAACUUCUGGUCUAUGUAAUAGGUUGUGCUUUGCUCUCUGUUGUAUUAGCUCUCUGUACAGUGGUGACAUUCUGUUGGUUAUAUGGAAAUCAUAUCAAGUUAGUGUAUCUUUCUCAUU